UAUAAAGUGUUUUUGUCCGUAUCGAAACUACUAAAAAUCUUCCAGAUAUCCGUAAUGAAGAUAUAAAAAGACUACACCGACCGUGUUUUUUCAUCGACUGCAGAAUACUUUCUCUUUGAGGGUUCGAAGGGUUCCAUCACAAUACGCCAUCACAAAAUUAUACUAGCUGAAACGAGAAUGGAAGGCAUGAAUAUCUUAAUCGGAAAAGUUGAUAGAGUAACGCGCUGACGGGGUGAAUAACGUUGAAUUCCUUUAACGAACAAAAAUAUAAAUUGUUGAGAAAUGUGAAAAGUACAUCCGAGCAAGCGAACGAUAUACAUUUGUACGAACACAAAACGACAAAUAAAAGAAUCAAAAAUACUAACAUAAAAACUAUGAGUUACAUAAUUUAUCUAACCUUCCUGAAUUUCUACGGCCAUCUCGUGAUGUCAUACAAGGAGACGUUCAACGCGACGGAAGUCGCCAGUUUGGCGAUUAUUCAAUCACAAAUGUGCGAUAACUACACUCCUUGCGGAGAACCGAUACACGGUACAUCCAGUUGGAAGAAUCAGACAUUUAUCAAAGGGUCGACGUUAAAUUUGUCUCAACGUAAAAGGUGCUGCGAAAAGUGCUCAUGUGAUGUAACUUCUUGCGCCAUAAAGGGAACAUGCUGCCCCGAUAUUUUGGACAAAGUUAACAUGACUGAUAUGAACUUCUUAUCAUGUGAGGCGACCCAGAUGAGAGAAGGUUUGCCUUGGAGAGAAAACUUGUAUAUGCGCUCAAAAUGCAAUCCAGACUAUGAGAAAUCUAAUCCGAGCUCCGAAGUGAUUUCAUGGUGCAUAAACAGACCGAAAAACAAGUUGGAGUCAAAUGUUCCGGUCUUUGACACACGCACCAAUGUCACAUACGCCAACAAAUAUUGUGCGCAAUGUAAUUUUGCGACUGACGCAGAUGGAACGUUUUCAUCCCAAGGUGGUGCUUUAGUAUUAUGGGAUUCUAUCUUACAAUGCGAACAUGCCCACGAAGUAAUUGCAAUUUUCGAAGCAUAUGAUCAGGACAGUGUUAUUAAAGCUAUCUUGCAGUCGACAUCUUGCAACGUGAUAUACAAACCCAAGCCUGGCAUAAUAGUGGACGAAACUGCGUGCCGUGUUCCGCAAAUCGCCACAUGCAACGUUACUGGCGAUAUCGUUAAAUAUGAUCCACUAAUAAAAAAGGCAUGCGAUGGAUUUACGUCUAUUUUUUACAGAAAGUUUAAGAAUGUUUUCUGUUUUCUGUGCAAUACAAAUACUUUAUAUUAUCCUUCAUGUCCUCUCUUCCCCUCAAUAAUUGGGGGAACGAGCCAGUUGUUUCCCGAGUUUUCUACGUUGUUGGCGUUCAACACAGAGAAAGACGAACCCACACCUAAUGCGCUUCAGUCGACAGGUUGCUCGUCUGGACAAGUGUUCGACAAAUACGAGAAAACUUGUCGGGAUAUAUUCUGCCGAUUCCCGAAACAGUUUAAUGGCAGUUCAUGUGCAAACGCGGUGGAAACAAUUGGCGGCGUGUCCUACAUAGCGUAUCUAAAGUUUACAUCCCAAACAGCAUUGCAUUACGAUCGUAUUGACCAAUGGGUGAUGUUGCUUCAAAACAAGAUUGAAGAAAUGCUUCACCACUGGGAACUCUAUGGAGCAGUGUACAGUUUUACAAUACUGUUUAACUUCAACGAAGACAAAACCGAGUCAACAACAACUGAUAUACCAACAUAUCCACCUGAUAAGCCUCGUUUUCUAUCCGAUCAAAUUUUACCUCCUCAUACUGCACCUUCAUCUCCAUCCGAUGUACCUCAAUAUCCAACUGAUACUCCAAUAUUUGAACCUGGUGACCCCACAUUUACACCUGGUGGUUGGGUAAAGUUAAAGUCAGAAAGUCUUGAUUAUUUCCUUGUGAGAAUUAAAAUGAAUUUACAGACUAGGAAGUUCCAAACAGAGUAUAGCGUUACCUCCUUGGAUAAGGUCAUUGAGUAUGACAAAACAAGCGUCAUUCUCGAAUCGAAUACUGCUAAUGUUACAUUUUAUCUUGAAUUCGUAGAUUUCUACAGUUCAGAUGCUUCAAAUAGGUUCAACGUCAUUAUGUUUGAUCCAGUUUCUAACAAACUCUUGAACAAAGCUGCUACUUCAUUUAAUUGUCCGUUAAGCGAAAAGAAUACCGACAAUACAACUUAUACUAUACUCACCGCUAGAUUUAAAUGCCCACUAAUAAGUUUAAAUGUAACGGAAAUAAAUCCCAUCGGAAAUAAUUCAUUUCGACUGAAAAACGGUGCAGCAAUUGACAGCAAAUACGUUAAUUACGGACGAAACCAGAAAACUGACCAUCUUCGAACGUUCGAAAUAUGUUGGAACAUUUAUCAAAAUUCUUACAACGAUAGCAAUGAUCGACUUACUGGGUACCCAAAUCAUAACCAGUCAGUAACUACAACAGGCAUAUUGAGUCUUGUAUGCAUGAUAAUAUCUGUCAUUUGUCUGUUGAUUACAUUGCUGACAUAUUGCUUGUUCCAAGAGCUACGCACACAGCCUGGUAUUAACAACAUGGGGCUAGUGAUCAGCCUGAUAGUCGCGCAGGUUUUAUUUCAGUUUGGCAAGGGACAACAUCAAUAUGUACCUUCAUGGACAUGUGAGCUCAUUGGAGCUCUUAUUCAUUUCUUCUGGCUUCUAGUAAUCUUCUGGAUGAACGUCUGUUGUUGGCAUAUGUUCUGCUUAUUUAAUCGCUUAAGCGUUCAGUCAUCCAAACAAAGUCCUGUUUGGACAACAUUCAUAUACACUAUAUACGCAUUUGUUGGGUCGCUUCUAUGUGUAGCAAUCAACAUAAUCGUGGUCGUCGUGGAUACAGACAAUAAGGAAGUAGGCUAUGGAGACGGAACGUGUUAUAUUUCUAGGCCGGAAAUGGUGGGAUAUACGUUCGCGUUACCAGUUUUUCUUAUACUUGUAGCGAACCUUGCCAUGUUUUGCGUAUUGGUUAUUAAGAUUAAAAUGACUUCCAAUGUUCGAAGUUCAUCCAAAUCAAAACUCAAUUACUUAACAAUAUUUGCCAAGCUUGCUACACUGGUCGGUAUAUCCUGGAUAUUCGGAUUCAUCUACACAUAUACGGGAAAGGAAGUCUUUGAAUAUUUGUUUAUCAUAUUAUCAAAUGGACAAGGCGUGUUUAUAUUCAUGGCUUUUAUUUGCAGAAAACGUGUAUAUCACUUAUACAAAGUAAAAUUCUAUGUCCGGACUUUGGAAAAUAAACGAACACACCUUUCGUCAAAUGCGAGGACCCCGACGACCAGCAUUUAAAUGAAACUGUACUUAGUAUUAACGCACUAUAUCAGAAUCGCAACUCUUUAUUCUAAAAGGUGUGUGUUUUAAAUAAUAAUACCAAGUAUGAUAAUGAGGUAGGUAAACUUUUUUUUUAAUCAAUUUUCAACAAUAUCUGAUUUAUUUCUCUCUGUAAAAAAGGAUAUGUAAAGACUUGCCAAAAGCCUCCAUUACACUAUUUGACAUGCUUUUCUGAGCUAACUUUUUUUAAAUUAAUGUUGCAAAUUCGAUCAAAUAAAGCAAAAAUUAUACAAAUAUAAACAGUACAUUUAAUAACUAUUACUGUAUCUAUUUUAUUCAAUGAUCGAAACGAAAAGAACCUGGAAUAUCGAAACAGAGUUUUAGGUUUACACAAACAUGUUCCGUCGUUUAAAUCAAAUAAACUGUUUACGCCUUAUUUGUCGGUCGUAAAAAUUUUCAGUCGGUCAUACCUAUAUUUAUAUAGUUUUACCCGUAUUAUACUGCAUUUACAGCUGAUGUGGCUUUUCAGUCCUAGUAACACAUUUAUAUCCGUCUUUGGAGCUGAAAAGACGUGUGUAAAAGUAACUCAGUUGAGUGUUAUAAUAUCACUCCGUUUUAUACAAAAAACAUGUUUAUUAUAUUAUCACUUUUAUUCGUAUAAUACCAUGCUUGUUAUAUUAUCACUUCAAUGUGUAUAAUUCAAUGUUUUUAUAGCAUC